AUGUCUGCAUCUCUGAUAGGCACUAAUAGCUCCAAAUUGCAGGUAUCUGAGUUCAUCCUGAUGGGAUUCCCAGGCAUUCACAGCUGGCAGCACUGGCUCUCUUUACCACUGGCAUUACUCUACCUCUCAGCAAUUGGAGCUAAUAUCCUCAUCCUCUUUACCAUCUGCCAGGACUCUGCUCUUCAGAAGCCUAUGUACCAUUUCCUAGGCAUCCUCUCUGUGGUGGACAUGGGCCUGGCCACCACCAUCAUGCCCAAGAUCCUAGCCAUCUUCUGGUUUGAUGCCAAGGUCAUUAGCCUCCCCGAGUGUUUUGCUCAGAUUUAUGCCAUUCACUGCUUUGUUGGCAUGGAGUCUGGUAUCUUUCUCUGCAUGGCUUUUGAUAGAUAUGUAGCUAUUUGUCACCCUCUUCGCUAUCCGUCAAUUGUUACCAAUGCCUUAAUUUUAAAAGCUACCCUGUUCAUGGUGCUUAGAAAUGGCUUGUGUGUCAUUCCAGUGCCUGUGCUUGCAGCCCAGCGUAAUUAUUGCUCCAGAAAUGAGAUUGACCACUGCCUGUGCUCAAACCUUGGAGUCACAAGCCUGGCUUGUGAUGACAGGAGGCCAAACAGCAUUUGCCAAUUGGUUCUGGCAUGGCUGGGAAUGGGGAGUGACUUAAGUCUUAUAAUAUGGUCAUAUACUUUGAUUCUGCGCUCUGUACUUAAACUAAACUCAGCUGAAGCUGCAUCCAAGGCUCUGAGCACUUGUAGCUCCCAUCUCAUCCUUAUCCUCUUCUUCUAUACAGUUGUUGUAGUGAUUUCAGUAACUCACUUGGCAGAGACUAAGGCUGCUUUGAUUCCAGUUCUACUCAAUGUGCUGCACAACAUCAUCCCCCCUUUUCUCAACCCUAUGGUUUAUGCACUUAGGACUAAAGAACUUAGGGUGGGCUUCCAAAAGGUGUUUUGUUUGAGCUUUGAAAAAAGGCCCUGGAGAACUUGUCCAUGA